UCACUUCACCAUAAGAUAUAAAGGAGUGACCGGUAUCUAUGCCUUGAAUUUUGGUUAGUAACCAUUUAUUGCCAAUUACUACUUUAUUUUUUGUAGAGAACUUUCAUAUAAGUGGAGUCCCAAGCAGAUAGGAGGACAUCUUAUGCUGAAAGGGCUGACUUGCUUGAUAGCAAUGCCUUUUUAUUCUGCAAGUCUGAUUGAAACAGUACAGAGCGAAAUCAUUCGGGAUAAUCCUGGGAUUUUGGAUUGUCUGAAAGAGGGCAUAGGCAGAGCAAUGGGCUUUGGAGUGCCCCAUAGCAAGCGGCUCCUCCCUCUCCUGGCCUUGGCCUUUCCAACUGUUCUACACGGAGUUCUUCAUUAUGUGAUCAGUUCCAUUGUUCAAAAGUUAGUCCUGCUCCUCCUCAAGAAAGAGAACUCCCCCAGCCUUCCAGCUGAGAACUCGAGUUCUGUGCAAAGCAUGCUGGAUUCUUAUUUCCCGGAACUUAUUGCCAGCUUUGCUGCCAGCCUUUGCGCUGAUGUGAUGCUCUACCCUCUGGAGACAGUUUUGCACCGUCUUCAUAUCCAAGGGACUCGCACCAUCAUUGACAAUACGGACCUGGGAUACGAAGUCCUCCCCAUCAAUACCCAGUACGAAGGAAUGAGAGACUGUAUCAAUACCAUAAAGCGCGAAGAAGGAAUAUUGGGGUUUUACAAAGGGUUUGGGGCUGUAGUUGUACAGUACACCUUGCACGUUGCUGUUCUGCAGUUCACUAAAAUUCUUUACUCGGCGCUGCUCCAGAAUGUUUCUUAGAAGGUGAUGGGUGUGGCCAUUCAAAAGUCCACGUAUUCAGGCAGUAGGUCAGCAAGUGAAAGCUGCGAGUUUAGAAUCUACAGUAAUGGUUUUCUCCUUGCCAGCCACCUAGAAUGUUCCUGUGUAAAUAGAUGUGCGUUGUCCCAGGCCCUUUAUGAAAUACUUAAUCAGAGAGAGAGAGAGAGAGAGAGAUAAAUGAAGCAUGGAAGUCUAUACAGGCCAGGGCUUUUCAAUAUUGAAAUGUAAAUAAACUAUUGCAACAUCUUUUGUAAAUCUGUAUCUGCUGUGUAGAGUGUGAUUUUCCGAUUGCUGAUAAAUCCUGCACAAACUCAAUUUGAAAUGAAAGAUAGCUGUGAUCUUGUUCUUAAAGUCUUGUCACUUCUCAAAGGGACUUGCACUGAGGACUGUGUGCCUUUGCUUCUGUCCGUAGAAUUAUUUUGACUACAUUUGAAUGCUCUCAAAAACCAAUGAACUUUGACAACUCUGUUGAAGGGUUUGCCAUAUAACUGCUGUAACAAGGAUUAAAAUUGCUAUGGUUACGAAUGUGAAUGUAGAAGUGGUUGCUAUUCCAUUUUUUUCUACAUCGUAUUCUUCUUGAUUUACAAAUGUGACAAAGAGGCUAAUGGUAAUGAAAAGUGUGAAGAAUCUAAAAUAUUAUAAGCAGUUUAUAAAUACAUUGCCUGACCACUACUAGGCAAACACCAUAAGAACACUUGAAAACAAAUUCCAUGGAAGUCUGAUGGAUUUUAUUUUAAAUAAAUGUGUUCUAAAUAAGAUAUGUCUUAUCCCAAGAUAUGUUUUAUUAUUAUUUUCUAUGUUAGCACAAUCAUGGCCCUAAUUAGAUCAUGUUUUCAAAUACCGGUCAAAAGUAUUUUAUAUUUUAUUUUAUUGCUAUGGCUAGUAAUAAUAAAUAAAGAUUAUUCUGAUUCUAGUAUAAUAAAAAAGCUUGCCUUUUAA